UACCCAUUGAUCGGAAAAAGCUGAAAUCUGGGAGUUGUACAGCAAAUCGAUCAACUGAGAGAGCAAAGAUGAAUUCAAUGGUGGCUUUGGGGAAGAAAUUCACGAGAAAUAUUCAAGAUAACAAACGUAGAUUGUUGUCUGCUAAGUAUGAAUUGAGGCGAAAGUUGUAUAAAGCUUUUGUUCAAGAUCCUCAACUUCCUCCUGAAAUGCGAGAAGCUCAUCAGUACAAGCUUGCCAAGUUGCCCAGAAAUAGUUCCUUUACGCGAAUCAGAAAUCGGUGCAUUUUUACUGGUCGACCUCGUGCAGUUUAUGAAAAGUUUCGAAUGUCUCGUAUUGUUUUUCGUGGUUUGGCUGCCCGUGGUGCUUUGCAGGGUGUAAAGAAAGCUUCUUGGUAGACAAUACAAUACCCAGGUUUUCUUCUUUUCAAGAAUUAGGAGCCUACCAGAUCACUGCUAGUGGAUCUCAUAUACUAGAGCCAAGUAGAUUACUGUGGGGCAAAGUUUUCUAUUUCAGGAGUUGUCUCGUCUUUUUUCAAAUAAAUUGUCAUAUUACAAUCUCUAGCUCAUCCCACAUCCGGGGUUUUGGCCAUGCCAGUAUAUUUUUCUUCAUUUUUGCCUCAAGAUUUCUGCAUGUUCUUAAUCUGCUUGAUAGAACCUUAUUUAAAACUUCUCACUGUCUUGCAACUUUUGAUUAUAUGAAAGACCUGAAUGAUUAGUCUGUA